ACCAACGGCGAGGCCUCGCCGCCUCAUUCCCCGAUCGGUCAGUCGCGCUCUCCGCCCGCCCCGAUGUCCGCCUCCGAUGACCUCGUCCAUCGGAUCGCCGCCUUCUUCCCGCUCCCGCCGCCCGCGCAGAAGCAGCAGCUCUCCGGCGUCGCCGCGGCCGUCCUCAGCGCGGGCGGCCGCCUCGGCCGCGCCGUGGGCGACGUAUUCCGCCGCCUGCGCAUCGACGACGGCCUCGACAUCGCGUACGCGCGCCGGCACCGGAGGGUCGUCCCCGGCAGAGGCGGCGCGACGCCCGAAGGUGAUGGCGCGCGGAGCAAGCAGGACCAGAUCGCUGGCUAUGGCGGCGAUCGUCCGGUGGUAGGCGGCUCCGGGAGGUUCGCGCGGUCGCAGGGGAGCAUGGUCCUGUCGGCGGCGUUCGACAGCAGGACGAACGACGUGGAGAGCUCCGUGGCGGCCCGCGGCGACCUGUGGCGCGCCGAGGCGUCGCACUCCAGCAGCAACAGCAGAGGCGGUGGUGAUGGUGGCGCGGCGCCGCUGUUCCUGGUGCAGCUCGGCCCCGUGCUCUUCCUCCGCGACACGACGCUGCUCUUCCCCGUGCACCUCUCCAAGCGCCACCUCAUCUGGUACGGCUUCGAGCGCAAGAACGGAGUGCACUCGGUGUGCCCGGCGUACUGGACAGCUCGCCGGAGAUGCUUCUUCAUGUCGAUGAUCUGCCUCAACCCAUUUGCCUGCUCGUUCAUGGACAUGCAAUUCCCCAACGGGCAGCUGAGAUACGUGGCCGGCGAUGGGUUCACGGCGCGCGGCUUCCUUCCCCUCGGCGGCGGCGGCAUCGUCCAGGCCCACGGAAAGUUCCCCGGGGAGAAGAGGCUCAGCUUCUCCUACAAGAACGGCAGCGGGGGCAGCGUCACCCCGAGCGUCCAGUGGCCGGACAAGUCCCUCUCUCUGGGGCUAACCCAGGUGCUCUCCUGGAGGAGGUGCGGCCUCAUGCUGCAGCCAGCGCUGCAGCUCAGCGUGUGCCCCACAUUCGGCGGGAGCCGGCCCGGCGUGUCGACGGAGCUGGUCCAUUCGGUCAGCGAGGAGGCCAGCGUCGCCUGCGGCUACUCCCACACCGCCUCCCCCUCAGCCUACGCUUCCGUGUCGCUUGGGAGAUCCAAGCUGAAUGGCGGCGCGACGAGCUCGGGGCUAGUGUUGAGAGUGGACGCACCGCUCCACGGUUUUGGGCGCCCAUGGUUCUCCAUCCAGAUGAACAGUGGGCUCGAGUUCUGAAUCUUUGAUUGUUGCAAAGGUAAAUAUACGAGGCGGCAUUGCGUCUCGACAAAGGCAUGUAUAGUCGAUGCUAGUUUUGUACAUAUGGCUUGACAGAGGACUGGAACAGACUCUUUAUAUACAUGUUACAAACAACUUACAAAUCAUAUGAUUGGCUGAAACUGUGGAAAAGGACCAUGAAAUUUACAUGGUCAGAUA